AUGUCUCAACAGCCUAGCUCACCAACAAGAGAGGAAAACAACUCCAGUUCCCCAAUUGUGCCAAAUCCUGAUUCUGUUCCACCACAACUUUCUUCCCCAGCUUUAUUUUAUAGCUCAUCUUCAUCACAAGGUGAUACAUAUGGUCGCAACAAUAGCCAGAACUUAAGUCAAAGGGAUGGUAACAUUAGAGCUGCUAUAGGUUCUUCUCCAUUAAAUUUUCCACCUUCUUCCCAAAGACAAAAUUCCGAUGCCUUCCAAUCUCAAAGUAGACAGGGCAGAAUUCGUCCUUCUGCAAGCGCUUCUGGGAGGCCUAGAUAUCAUUCUGAUUUGAGAAGCGAUAGAGCACUGCCUACUUCUUCCUCUUCUUUGGGCGGUAAUAGUCAAAACCGUGUACACAUGCGGAGAAAUGAUAUUCAUACAUCUGAUCUAUCUUCUCCAAGAAGAAUUAUCGAUUUUGAUACUAGGUCCGGCGCGAAUACUCUGGAUACUUCUUCUUCUUCUGCUCCUCCAUCGGAAGCCAGUGAACCCUUGAGAAUAAUUUGGGGUACCAACGUCAGUAUCCAGGAAUGUACAACUAAUUUUCGUAAUUUUUUGAUGUCCUUCAAGUAUAAAUUCCGCAAAAUAUUGGAUGAAAGGGAAGAAUUUAUCAACAAUACUACCGACGAAGAACUAUACUAUAUCAAGCAGCUCAAUGAAAUGAGAGAACUUGGUACCUCUAAUUUAAACUUGGAUGCUAGAAACCUCCUCGCCUACAAGCAAACAGAAGAACUAUACCAUCAGCUAUUGAAUUAUCCUCAAGAAGUCAUUUCUAUUAUGGAUCAAACUAUCAAGGACUGUAUGGUUUCCUUGAUUGUAGACAACCACUUAGAUUAUGACUUAGAUGAAAUUGAGACCAAGUUUUAUAAAGUAAGGCCUUACAAUGUGGGUUCUUGUAAAGGUAUGCGUGAACUUAAUCCAAAUGAUAUCGAUAAGCUGAUAAAUCUAAAAGGUCUUGUCCUGAGGUCAACUCCGGUUAUCCCUGAUAUGAAAGUGGCGUUUUUUAAAUGUAACGUCUGCGAUCACACAAUGGCAGUAGAAAUUGAUAGAGGCGUUAUACAGGAGCCCGCUAGGUGUGAACGUAUUGAUUGUAAUGAACCUAAUUCCAUGUCAUUGAUUCACAACAGGUGUUCAUUUGCAGAUAAGCAAGUCAUUAAGUUACAGGAAACUCCAGAUUUUGUGCCUGACGGACAAACACCUCACUCUAUCUCAUUAUGUGUAUAUGAUGAAUUAGUGGAUUCUUGUAGAGCGGGCGAUCGUAUUGAAGUGACCGGUACGUUCAGAUCCAUUCCUAUUAGAGCCAAUUCUAGGCAACGUGUUUUAAAAUCCUUAUAUAAAACGUAUGUCGAUGUGGUUCACGUUAAAAAAGUUUCAGACAAAAGGUUAGACGUUGAUACUUCCACUAUUGAACAAGAAUUAAUGCAGAACAAGCUAGAUCAUAACGAGGUCGAAGAAGUAAGACAAAUUACUGAUCAGGAUUUAGCGAAGAUUCGUGAAGUUGCGGCUAGAGAAGAUUUAUACAGUUUGUUGGCGCGCUCUAUUGCCCCAAGUAUUUAUGAGCUAGAAGACGUCAAGAAAGGUAUUUUACUCCAGCUAUUUGGCGGUACGAAUAAGACGUUUACAAAGGGUGGCCGUUAUAGAGGUGACAUAAAUAUUUUACUUUGUGGGGAUCCUUCUACCUCCAAAUCGCAAAUUUUGCAAUAUGUUCACAAAAUUACUCCUCGUGGUGUGUAUACCUCGGGGAAAGGGUCAUCUGCCGUUGGUUUAACUGCUUAUAUUACAAGAGAUGUUGACACAAAACAACUCGUUUUGGAAAGUGGUGCAUUAGUAUUAUCUGAUGGAGGUGUAUGUUGUAUUGACGAGUUUGAUAAAAUGAGCGACUCUACAAGGUCCGUUUUACACGAAGUCAUGGAACAGCAGACUAUUUCAAUCGCAAAAGCGGGAAUCAUUACGACACUUAAUGCUAGAAGUUCUAUUCUAGCCAGUGCUAACCCAAUUGGUUCACGCUACAACCCCAACUUACCUGUGACAGAAAAUAUCGAUUUGCCGCCUCCACUACUUUCAAGAUUCGAUCUAGUUUAUCUCGUUCUUGAUAAGGUCGAUGAGAAAAAUGACAGAGAACUAGCCAAACACCUAACAAAUCUUUACCUGGAAGAUAAGCCCGAACAUGUUUCUCAAGAUGAUGUACUACCAGUCGAAUUUUUAACGAUGUAUAUUAGUUAUGCAAAGGAGCACAUACAUCCAAUAAUCACCGAGGCCGCGAAGACUGAGCUUGUUCGUGCUUACGUAGGAAUGAGAAAAAUGGGUGAUGAUUCGAGAUCUGAUGAGAAGAGAAUCACAGCUACCACAAGACAACUUGAAAGUAUGAUUCGUUUGGCUGAGGCGCACGCCAAAAUGAAAUUGAAAAACGUAGUAGAACUGGAGGAUGUCCAAGAAGCUGUUAGGCUAAUCAGAUCAGCCAUAAAGGAUUACGCAACAGACCCCAAAACCGGUAAAAUCGACAUGAAUUUGGUUCAAACAGGUAAAUCUGUCAUUCAGAGAAAACUGCAGGAGGAUUUGUCAAGGGAAAUUAUGAAUGUUUUGAAGGAUCAGACAUCAGACUCAAUGUCAUUCAAUGAGCUUAUGAAACAAAUCAACGAACACUCUCAAGAUAGGGUUGAGUCUUCUGAUAUCCAGGAAGCCUUGUCAAGACUGCAACAAGAAGACAAGGUCAUUGUCCUUGGCGAGGGUAUAAGGAGGUCAGUUCGUCUGAACAAUCGUGUCUGA